AGUUGCUGUAGCGGCCGCUGCUGAGGAGCAAACUGCAGGCUAUGCAGCGGUGUAUCCCGACGAGGAGGAGCACAGCCAAGCCCAAUUCAACAUGUGGCUUUCCAAGGCUUGGGAGCAUUGCAGUCGAGGCCUAACCAACAGCAUCAAGAUAACAAGCGGUGUUGCUGAAUGCAGCAGUGAGUCGUCCGCAGAAAACCAGUCGAGCGUCUCUGAUGUUCUUCCUCUCCAAGUUGCAUGUUUAUCCGGCACCAUCAAACACAUCCACAAGUCGUCUGCCCGGUUCCUAGAAGGCGCUCAGAACGAGAUCGUGCUUCCGUCUAUCCCAGGAGCACUUCUGAACGAAAUCAUGCGAUAUCUGCGGUUUGCCCACUGCCGGCACAUCUUGGACAACAGCGGCACCACCGCCGGGUUUGCAGCCCCCAGAGUUCCUUAUUGUCCGCCCUUCCCCGCCAUCCUGGAACUUGCCGAGGCUGCCAUCUAUCUCGAGCUGCCCGGGCUUUUGGACAUAUGCAUACGGGAGGCCGUGAAAGGGUUUGAUUCGAUCGAUUCCUUCGGUGAUACGUCCAAGGCCAUUGUCCGCAGCAUCCUGCGGCGAGUGUCGAUCGGAUCGCUGUGCUGGGCCGAACAUUUCUUGAUCCACCACCCAGCGCUCACGCCCAGCCACGACAGCGACCGCCCCGUUAUCGACACCACAUUCAUCUGGAUCCAGAAUUACUUCAAGCUGCUAGAGCAGCCUCCCUUCCGAAGCCGAACGGCCGCGCUCACCCACGACCCGCGCCGGGGAUGCAUUUUGUUUUGGAUUCAGGAGGGCCUUGAAAUCCUUCAGGAGCCCGGCGACUGGGAUCGACUAGAUGAGAUUGUCCGUCUCGAAGCCCCGUGGAUCGACCGCAUCAGGCUCGUACUUCAGCCGGGGCCACUGGCUCGCAGCCGGACCCUUGAUGUCCUUCUUCUCCUCGCAGCCAGAUCGCUGACGACCCUGGAGCUGUCGAUCAACGGCAUGGACGACGAACUCCUGCAGAUGCUGGAGCGACUGGCCCUGUCGAAGCCCCACCUGACCCUCAGUCUCAACAUCAUGUACCGCGGAGCUGUUUGUGAAGCCUUGCGGAUCCUGUUCAGCCGCUUGAUUUCGGAUCGAGUGCUCCGGCUGCGACCCCACGGCUCAACCAUGGCAUCUGCUCUGCGCCCAGGGCAUCCCAAGAUGUCCACUCCGGUCGUUAUGGGCCUAGACAGCAAUGUAUGCUUGACUGGCGGCCGUCCAGCCAAGGGGCAGACACCCUGUCCAACCCAGAGAGAUUCUGCCGAGCAAGAUGGGCCUGCAGCGCCACCCGGAGAACUCGAAUGCAGCCUUGGUGUUCGAUUCUCGCCCACAACCGAGAGCCGCCAGUCGCUUGCCGACGUUCUCGACGUACUGUCGGCCACGCCACUCCUUGCCAACACCGUGGCUCUGGAUCUGUCCAACGGCAGCAUCAACUCGAUACUGUGCGAGUACCUGUCCGAGACGCUCAAGCACAAGGGCUGCUCCCUCCAGACUCUGAAGCUCUCCAACUGCUCUCUGCCUGGAGCCCAAAUCGCCUCGAUUCUCACCUCUCUCGCCCAGGGCCGAUCGCUCUCCUGUCUCGACAUAUCCCACAACAUCAGGGAUCACGAUGCCGGCGGCGCCGAGGCCGGGCGAGCGCUAGCCAUGUAUCUAAGCUCUCCAUCGUGCGCACUUGUGGAGCUCUAUGCGGCUGGGAACGUGUUCUCGACCACGGGCCUGCUGGCCAUCACGGACGCUGUCCCGAUCGCAAAGAAGCUCCGCUUCCUGGACUUGUCUCGGGCCGAGAUGGGUCUGACCCUCAAAAACCUCGCCGAAAAGCUCGCAAGGGUCCACCAACAAAGCCAGAUUGUGCCGAUCCGCCGGCUUGUUCUCUCCCGCAACCGCCUGCUGCCGCGGUCCUUGGGCGACUGCAUCCACCAAAUGUCCGCGAUGAACUUCCUGACACAUCUGGACCUGGCCGAGAACAUGUGCAACGAGUCCGUUGGGCUGGCUCUUGGCAACUACAUCCGCCGAGAAAGCUGUGUUCUUGCCCGUCUCGAGGUCCGUGGCAACAGGGAGCUGGAGGGCCACUUCCUCGAAGACGGCGGCUGCGCCUCGCUCCUGGAGGGCCUCAAACUCAACCGCUCGCUCACUUUCCUGGAUCUGUCCUGUCAAAGACUUGGCGACCGCUCUUGCCGUGCGCUCGCCAGCGCAAUCUCGGCCUGCAACCUGCAGGAGCUCCUCCUCCAAGAGAACGAAGUCACCGACAGCGGUGCCCAGUCCCUGCAGGCGUCCCUGAUGCGCAUCCGAGAGUGGCCGAGCUGCCGCAGCAUCAUCCUGGACUUGAGCGCCAACCGCCUCAGCGCCGCUGGUGUGGACCGGGUGCGGCGGGCAAUGGAGCUCUCCAAAGUCUUUCUUGUGCAUCUGCACGACCAGCGGCCAGCCGACGAUGCCUUGAGCAAACCCAUACCUGUGGUAUGACGACUACCCCAUUGGUUAUCGGUGGAUAGAUGGCACCCUCGCUCCUUUGGUGUGCGAUGGACACU